AAAUCUGAUCCUCAUUCCAGAGAGGCUGAAGGGUAUAGAAACACACAUACAUAUAUUGUUUUGUGAACGGAUAGAAAUAUUUAGAUUUCAGUUCAUUUUUUAGACUUAUUUUAUUUAAACGGAUUAUAUUUAGUGUAGACACCAAAUUAUGGAAUUUGAAAACAGAAGUCUCUCAUUACAGAAAAAUGAAGAAACUGUAAACUCGAGUGAUACUUCAGAAGAGAAGAAAGAGGAACGCGAACAUUGGUCAGGACAACUCGAUUUUUUCCUAUCAUCAGUUGGGUAUGCAGUCGGUAUUGGUAAUAUAUGCAGGUUUCCAUAUCUGUGUUAUAAAAACGGAGGAGGGGCUUUUCUUAUUCCAUAUCUUAUAUUUAUGGUUAUUGGAGCUGUGCCAAUAUAUUACCUAGAGUACGGGAUAUCUCAAUUUUCAAGCAGCAGCAUUUUAACAGUUUGGAAGAUUUGUCCACUUUUGAAAGGAGUUGGUUAUGGAGCUUUAAUAGUUUCGGUAAUAUUUUGCGUUUACAUCAACAUAUUUCUAACAUGGAUAUUGUAUUUUCUGUACCAAUCAAUGACCCCGAUUCUGCCAUGGAGCCAUUGCAAGAAUGAAUGGAAUACAAAAUUCUGUCAUAAUAACUCUGUAGAUAAUGGAUCAAAUCUAAUCUUACUACAAAACACGUCAGACGUCAAUGGAUCUAAGUAUAAUAGUCAUUUAUUCCCUCUUAAUGAAGUAAAAAUGACUGCGAGCGAAGAAUUUUGGAAAUACAAUGUACUGCAAAUAACAGUAGGCAUAGAGGAUAUAGGAGGAAUAAGACUGGAACUUCUUGUAUGUCUGGUUAUAGCUUGGCUUAUCAUCUUUCUUUGUUUAUGUAAAGGAAUAAAGUCAUCGGGAAAGAUAGUGUAUGUGACUGUUACUUUCCCGUACAUAGUGUUGGUAAUCUUUCUAGUAAGAGCAGUUACAUUACCAGGAGCUGCAGAAGGUAUACAGUUCUUUCUAAUUCCAAAAUGGCACAAAAUGCUUUCUACAAAGGUUUGGGGUGCGGCAGCAACGCAGAUAUUUUUUUCGUCUGGAGCCGGAUGGGGAGCACUGCUGACAUUUGCAAGCUUUAACAAAUUUCACCAUAAACUUCAAAGGGAUGCUAUCAUGGUGCCCAUAAUAAACAGUGGAACGAGUAUUUUUGCCGGAUUUGUAACAUUUUCAAUACUUGGAUUUAUGGCACACGAAAAAGGAAUGUCAGUAGAUGACGUAGUAACACAAGGUCCAGGUCUUGCAUUUGUAGCAUAUCCAGAGGCAGUGUCAAAGUUACCAAUAUCGCCAUUGUGGGCAGUUUUAUUUUUCAUGAUGCUGAUGACAAUAACCAUUGACACUCAGUUUGGUACAUUUGAAACCAUUACCAGUGCAAUUAUUGAUGAAUAUCCACAUAUUUUGAGAAAGAAGAAGUAUCUGGUGACAGUUUGUUUCUGUUGUAUUGGAUUCAUUUUAGAUUUACCAUUCAUAAUGGAGGGAGGAAUAUAUGUUUUACAAAUCGUUGACUGGUACUGUGGACUAUUUACACCAAUGAUAGUGGCAACUUUAGAGUGUUUAGUAGUUGGAUGGAUAUAUGGCACAGACAGAUUUUACAAAGAUGUUCAGAUGAUGAUAGGAUAUCAACCGUGUUGGUGGUGGAAAUUUUGUUGGAAAUAUGUGACACCUUGUUUUUUGGUGAUGAUGCUUAUGUUUAACAUGCUGCAAUUGAAACCAGUUUCUUUUGACAAAUACCAGUAUCCAUUAUGGGCUAUUGGAUUCGGCUGGAUCAUUGGUAUGAUGUCUGUUGUGCCAAUUCCCUUAUACAUAAUUAAAACACUGUGGUGCGCUAAUGGUACAAUUUUGCAGAAAUUGACAAAUUCACUGAAACCGGAGACGGACUGGGGGCCCAUUUUAGAGAAAUCAAGAGAGACAACAACGAUUUAGCUUAAAAAACGAAAGACAAGCCAAUAAAGGA